UUAGCUUAUUUUGGUUUCCAAUUUCCAUGCAGCUUUGAAUGAAUCAAUAGAUGGGAGAGAUUCAUGACAAAUACUAACGCAUCUGUCGCUUGAACUAAUAAUCUGGAAGGAGUUCCGAGUUGCUCCAACUUGUGAAUCUUUGGCUUUUGGGUUAUAGUACAUAAGCAAUGGUUCAAAAAAUCCAGGCGUUUCUGUUGAUUCUAAUUCAAAUUCCAUUUGCAGCUGCCCUCACAACUACUCAGGAAGCUGCUGCUCUAAACUCGUUGAAGGAUAUCUGGAAAAAUAAGCCACCUGAUUGGGAAAAACCUGAUCCUUGCGAUGACGGUUGGACCGGAAUUUACUGUGAUAUUGAAACUAGGUCACAUGUGAUCUACAUAAAAUUGGGAAACACCGGAUUGAUGGGUCAACUGUCCAAUAACAUCGGGUCCCUCUCGGAGUUACAAAUUUUGGAUCUGUCUAACAACCCGGGUUUGAAUGGGCUCCUUCCGGAUGCUAUUGGUAACUUGAAGAAUCUUUCACAACUGAUCCUAACCGGGUGCAACUUCUCUGGCCGGAUCCCAGACAGCAUAGGAUCUCUGCAGCAGCUAAUCCAAUUAUCUAUAAAUUUUAACAACUUCAGUGGAGAAAUACCGCAUUCUAUCGGUAACUUAGCCCAUCUUAUUCUGCUUGAUCUAGCUGACAACAAACUCAGUGGAACCAUUCCUAUAUCUGAUGGAGAUAAAACUACUGGACUGGAUAAGUUAACUGCUUGCCAACACUUUCAUCUUGCCAAUAAUAAUCUCUCAGGCACCAUUCCAGAUCAACUUUUCAGUUCAGAUAUGCGACUUAUACAUUUGAUUUUGAAUGGUAACCAACUCACUGGAGCCAUCCCUUCCUCAAUGGGAAUCCUGAAGAAUCUUGAAGUUGUGGACUUGAGCUGCAAUAGAUUUGAUCCAUCGGAGAUCGCCAAAUUGUUUACCACCGUAUUACGAAAUUUGUCCAAAAUAAAAAUGGAGAACACAAACCUUGAUGGACAAAUCGCCCCAUAUCUUCUCACUCUUCCUGAUCUUGAAAAUGUGUAUUUGAAGAACAAUAAUAUCAAUGGUACCUUAGAUCUAAGCAAAAUUGUGCCAAGUAAGAAUCUGAAACUCGUUGACUUGAGGAAUAACAGCAUUUCUUCUCUUGUGGAGGGAGCAAAACUUAAUUAUCGCUUAUUUCUAGAGGGUAAUCCAUGUUGCUACGAAUUAGGAAGCAUUUGCAAAGAAUACUGCAACCCCCCAGAAGAGGAAUACACCCCACAUUCCACAAACACAGCAACAUGUGAGAACCACUGUCCUUCAGAUCAAAAGAUCAGCCCUAACUGUAAUUGUUCAUACCCGUACAUCAGCACCAUAUAUCUCAGAGCGGCUUCAAACUAUGACAAUGUUAACUUGGAGGAUAUGGAAAAUGCACUCAGGAAUUCAUUUCAGAAGGAUUUUCACCUUCCAGUUGAUUCAAUUACUCUAAGUAAGCCUAGAAUUUCAAACGGUUACCUUACCUUGGAUCUCGAAGUGUUUCCUUCUGGAACAGACCGUUUCAAUCGAUCAGGGAUUUCGGACUUGGUGUAUGUUCUCAACUUCCAGGCCUUAGGGCUCAUACAGUCAUACUUCCUCAUCGGUUCACAGUAUGGGACUUUUUCAGAGAUGUCCUCAAGUUCGAAGGUGUUAGUGAGCCUAGGAGUGAUAAUUGGAGUGACAGUUAGUGGAGUUGUAGCUGUACUAGCACUACUACUAUGUGCAGGAUAUUAUGUCUUGCAUCAAAGGAGAAGAGCUGAUAGAAUGAGUGAGCAAAGCAAGGCUUUUUCUUUUUGGGACCUCAACAGUUGUAGCAACAACAUUCCUAAACUAAACGUAGCGCGAUGGUUCUCAUUCGAUGAGCUGAAGAAAUGCACCAACAAUUUCUCAGAAGUCAAUGCAAUUGGAUCCGGGGGUUAUGGGAAGGUCUACAGAGGAACACUCUCCACUGGCCAAUUGGUUGCCAUCAAAAGAGCUCAACAACGAGGUGGCAUUCAGUUCAAAACAGAGGUCGAGAUGCUAUCUCGGGUUCAUCAUAAGAACCUUGUUAGCCUUGUUGGAUAUUGCUUUGAAAAAGAUGAACAAAUGUUGGUCUAUGAAUAUAUUGCAAAUGGUACUCUAAAGGAAAGCCUUUCAGGAAGGUCAGGAAUCAAGUUGGAUUGGACAAGGAGACUUAGAGUAGCCGUGGGUUCAGCCAGAGGGGUGGCUUAUCUACAUGAGCAUGUCAACCCACCCAUAAUACAUAGAGAUAUUAAGUCAACCAACAUUCUCUUGGACAAUCACUUAAAUGCCAAAGUUUCUGAUUUUGGUCUGUCCAAGCUCAUGGAUGACGAUGAAAAGGGCCAUGUCUCUACUCAAGUAAAGGGGACAAUGGGCUAUUUGGAUCCUGAAUACUACAUGACCCAGCAGUUGACAGAGAAGAGUGAUGUGUAUAGCUUUGGAGUGAUAAUGCUAGAGCUGAUUACUGCGAGGAAACCAAUAGAGCAUGGGAAAUAUAUAGUGAGAGAGGUGAAAGCAAUAAUGGACAAGACCAAAGACCUAUAUGGCCUUCAUGAGCUUCUUGACCCGGUCCUUGGUUCAAUAAGCACCAGCCUCAAAGGAUUUGAGGAAUUUGUGGAUCUGGCAAUGAGAUGUUUACAAGAAUCAACAGCUGAUCGUCCAUUGAUGAGCGAAGUAGUCAAAGAGAUUGAGGGCAUUAUGAAGUUUUCUGGUCUAAAUACAACUGAUGAUUUUGCAUCAACUUCAGAAAGUUAUGGGGAAACUAAUGGAGAGCAUUCUGGGAAUCCUUUUAGUACUGAAACCAUUGAGUACAGCAGUUGGAAUAUACAUCAUCACAAGGUGGAAUCUCAAUGAAGCAAAGAGCUAGUGCUUAUCUGGCUAAAAGAUCUGAAUACUGUAUCAAAGAUGUUGUAUAAAUAAGGAUUAGAAGUGUAUUGGAACUAUUGGAAUAGGAAACAAAGUAGAUAAAAAUGGUAAUAAAUGAACUACAAUGCAUAUUAGCAUCUUGUUAGAAAUAGGUUGGAACAAUUAUCCAAUCUUAAACUGAAUGGUUUACUAUGAAGUAGUUAAAGAGGUUGAUUAU